UUGGAAUCGUGCUUUGUCGGAAGCCAUCGCGACUGGGGUAGUGUUGAGCGGUACGAGGCUGUAGUUGGCUAGUUUUGCAGGGUGCAGUAGCAUGGAGGACACAGGCGGGCCGUGCUCGUCACGGCUGACGGCUGACGCCGAGCCGGGCCCGCUAGAGCCGGCGCUCGACUGCGCCGCCGACGGCCUGAAGGCGCUCAGCCCUGCCCAGCUGCACGGCUUCCUGCUGGCCAGCCCGCCGCUGGGCGUGAAGCGCCAGGAGCUGGAGCUGGCCGACGUGGCGUACCUGGACAGCGACGCGCUGCCGCUGCAGCUGGCGCCGUCCGCCGCGCUCAACUGCUCCAUCCUCAUGGGCUACCUGCGCAAGGCGGACGAGACGGCCAAGCCGCUGCCGCCGCCGUCGCAGAAGCGGCCGCCGGAGCAGGAGCCGCGGGCGCAGACACAGCUCCAGCUGGGGACGGAACCGGAGCCGGGGCCAGCAGACGUGUCUGCUCCAGCUCGUCUGCCUCAACUGCCACGACUUGCUGGUCACCAUUGA